GGGCGGGCGCGCCAACCGUCCCUGCGGCGGCAGCCCCGGUGAUGGCGGCGGAGGAGGAGGAGGGCGACGUGGAGUGGGUGGUGGACACCAUCGCGGGGUUCCUGCGGGGGCCCGCCUGGUCCAUCCCCAUCCUGGAGUUCAUGGAGCAGAAAUGCGAGGUUUUUGAUGAUGAAGAAGAAAGCAAGUUGUCUUAUACAGAAAUUUAUCAGGAGUACCAAGCUCUGGUUGAAAAAUUAUUAGAAGACUAUCUUAAAGAAGUUGGAAUUAAUGAAGAGAAAUUUCAAGAGGCUUUUUCGUCUCCACUUGCAAAGACACACACUUCACAGGCCAUUUUGCAAACAGUGUUGGCAGCGGAAGAUUUUAGACUAUUUAAAAACAUGAUGGUACAGAAAAAUAUUGAAAUGCAAUUGCAAGCUAUUAGAAUCAUUAAAGAAAGAAAUGGUGUAUUGCCUGACUGUUUGACAGAGGGUUCUGAUGUAUUCAGUGAAAUUGAAGAAGAAGAAAUGAAAAUACUGAGGGAGGUUCUAAGAAAAUCUAAGGAAGAAUAUGAAAUAGAGCAAGAAAGAAAGAGGACUGAACAAGCACGUGAUAAACUUACAUCAGCGGAUGUUACCAGUCUUCCAGGAGAUUCAAAAGGAGCUGUGAAAGUUAAGGAAUCCACUGAGGAAGCUGACGAUUCUGAAAAAGCUCCAAAAUCUCCAUUAGAGGAAUCUCAGAAAUCUGCAAAGGAAGACUUAAAACCAGUACGCCCAUUACAAAAAGGACCUCAGCCCUCUUGUACCAAAGGGAAAGAAGACAUGAAGAAAAAGUCAGCUGGAAAAUGUUCAGAAAACGCGGCACAAAAAGCUGGGGUGAAAGGACCUGAUUUAUCAGAACUUGAAGAACAGCAGCUGAAGCAACGAGAGGACUACCUAAAGAAAAAACGAGAUUUGCUGAUGGCUACAAAGAAGGAGUCAAGAAAUAACGUGCUGUUACCAGCAAACACUGACCAGAAGGAAGAGGAAUCGCCUCCCAAAGAGGAAAUGUCAGAAGAGAAGCAAAGACUACUACAGAAGAGGAAAAUGCUUGCAGAAAAACUCAAAGAAGAAGUUAUUAAUAAGCGGUAAUUUUAAGUAGCUCAUUGCAGAACCCAAGAACACAAGGAUGUUUUUAGAAUAAAUUAUGUAACUAAUAAUUGAAUGGAUUUGUUUUCCAGUAUUACACUGAGUUUUAUAGGACUUUCAGAUCAGCAACUUGGUACUUAUGUAUAAAUAUUUAAAAUUACACUAUGAAAUAUACUAAAAACACUUAUUUUCCAGAAUGCUGGAAACUCAGUGACUUUCACUGGCGCGUGCUCAAGGGUGAGGCCAUUGAAUGGCAACUGCAGCGCCCAGAGUGUGUGACGCACCGGCCUCAGCCUCUUGCUAUUGUAUAGAACAAAAGCAGAUACUGAGAGCUGUCAGAGUAACUGAUGUGAACAGUUGAGAGAGUUAGAAAUUUUAACUUUUUUAUUUUUAAAUUUAUAGAACUUUGUUCCUUUUAUUAGAACAUUAUAAGCAAAUUACUAUUUUUCAGCUGUGCAAUGUAAUAAAGUCUAAUUUCACAAGGAAAUGCAACUA